UCCCGCCGCAGGCCUAGCAUGUCCGGGCUGCACCUGGCGAAGAGGGGCCGUGAGCACAGGAAGAUGGAUCUGCAACGGGACUUCACCGUCGCUUCGCCAGCAGAGUUCGUCACCCGCUUCGGGGGCAACCGUGUCAUCGAGAAGGUCCUCAUCGCCAACAACGGCAUCGCCGCCGUGAAGUGCAUGCGCUCCAUCCGCCGGUGGGCCUACGAGAUGUUCCGAAAUGAGCGUGCCAUUCGGUUUGUGGUCAUGGUCACCCCUGAAGACCUCAAGGCUAAUGCGGAGUACAUCAAAAUGGCAGAUCACUACGUGCCCGUCCCCGGGGGGGCCAACAACAACAACUACGCCAAUGUGGAGCUGAUCGUGGACAUUUCCAAACGGAUCCCAGUCCAGGCGGUGUGGGCUGGCUGGGGACAUGCCUCGGAAAACCCCAAGCUGCCAGAACUGCUGCAGAAAAAUGGGAUAGCUUUCCUAGGUCCCCCCAGCGAUGCCAUGUGGGCACUGGGGGACAAAGUCGCCUCCACCAUUGUGGCUCAGACGGUCCAGAUCCCCACGCUGCCAUGGAGUGGGAGCAGUCUGGUGGCGCAGUGGUCUGAGGAGGACCAGAAGCAUCAGCAGAUGAUCAGUAUUCCCCUUGAGACGUACGCACAGGGCUGCGUGAAGGAUGUGGAAGAAGGCCUGGAGGUGGCCAAGACGAUAGGCUACCCGCUGAUGAUCAAGGCAGCAGAAGGCGGUGGGGGCAAAGGCAUCCGAAAAGUGGAGGCAACAGAGGAAUUUGGUGCCUGCUUCCGUCAGGUCCAGGCAGAGGCGCCCGGGUCCCCCAUCUUCCUGAUGAAGCUGGCGCAGCACGCGCGGCACCUAGAGGUGCAGGUGCUGGCCGAUGAGUACGGCAACGCCAUCUCCCUCUUUGGCCGUGACUGCUCCAUCCAGCGCCGGCACCAGAAGAUCAUCGAGGAAGCACCCAUCACCAUCGCGGCACCCUCCGUCAUCGAGGUGAUGGAGCAGUGCGCGGUUCGCCUGGCCCAGAUGGUGGGUUACGUGAGCACCGGCACCGUCGAGUACCUCUACAGCGAGGAUGGGAGCUUCCACUUCCUGGAGCUGAACCCACGGCUGCAGGUGGAGCACCCUUGCACAGAGAUGAUCGCAGACGUGAACCUCCCCGCUGCUCAGCUGCAGAUUGCAAUGGGCAUCCCCUUGCACAGGAUAAAAGACAUCCGGGUGCUGUAUGGGGAGAGCCCCUGGGGCGAUACGCCCAUCAGCUUCCACAGCCCCACCAACACCCCCGUGCCCAGGGGCCACGUCAUCGCGGCACGGAUCACCAGCGAGAACCCCGAGGAGGGUUUCAAGCCCAGCUCAGGGACGGUGCAGGAGCUGAACUUCCGCAGCAGCAAGAACGUCUGGGGGUACUUCAGCGUGGCGGCAGCUGGGGGGCUGCAUGAAUUUGCCGAUUCCCAGUUUGGGCACUGCUUCUCGUGGGGAGAGAACCGGGAGGAGGCCAUCUCGAACAUGGUGGUCGCCCUGAAAGAGCUGUCUAUUCGCGGGGAUUUCCGGACCACAGUGGAGUAUCUGAUAAAGCUGCUGGAGACAGAGAGCUUCCAAAACAACGAGAUAGACACCGGCUGGCUGGACCAUCUGAUUGCUGAGAAAGUGCAGGCAGAGAAGCCAGACACGAUGCUGGGCGUCGUCUGCGGUGCCCUGAACGUCGCGGAUGCUGCCUUCAGGACCUGCAUGACCGACUUCCUGCACUCGCUGGAGAGGGGGCAGGUGCUGCCAGCAGCCUCCUUGCUGAACAUCGUUGACGUGGAGCUCAUCUACGAGGGCGUGAAGUACAUUCUCCAGGUUGCCCGCCAGUCCCUGACGACGUACGUCAUCAUCAUGAACCGCACUCACAUAGAGAUAGACGUGCACCGCCUGAACGAUGGUGGGCUGCUGCUCUCCUACAAUGGCAACAGCUAUACCACCUACAUGAAGGAGGAGAUCGACAGAUACCGGAUCACCAUCGGCAACAAAACGUGUGAUUUUGAGAAGGAGAAGGACCCGACGGUACUGCGCUCACCCUCCGCAGGGAAGCUGCUGCAGUACACUGUGGACGACGGUGGCCAUGUAGCCGAGGGGGACGUUUUUGCAGAGAUCGAGGUGAUGAAGAUCAUCAUGACGCUGGUGGUGGAGGAGGCCGGGCGGGUGCACUACGUCAAGCGACCGGGAGCGCUGCUGGAGGCGGGCUGCGUCAUAGCCCGGCUCGAGCUGGAUGAUCCCACCAAGCUGAAGCCCGCGCAGCCGUUCACAGGGGGGCUCCCAGCACAGCAGACCCUUCCCAUCACCGGCGAGAAGCAGCACCAGGUUCUCCGCAACGUGCUGGACAAUCUCACCAACGUCAUGAACGGGUACUGCCUGCCCGAGCCCUACUUUAGCACCAAGGUGAAGGAGUGGGUGACACAGCUGAUGAAGACCCUGCGGGACCCCUCCCUGCCCCUCCUGGAGCUGCAGGAGAUCAUGACGAGCAUUUCGGGAAGAAUCCCCCUGUCCGUGGAGAAGUCGAUCCGGAAGGUGAUGGCGCAGUACGCCAGCAACAUCACCUCCGUGCUCUGCCGCUUCCCCAGCCAGCAGAUCGCCAACGUGCUGGACACCCAC